AUGUCAAGUGAAAGAGUUCAAGAGAUUAGUAAAUUAGCUAAAGAAUUAAAAUCAAACUUAAAACAAUACCCAAAUUUCCCAAAAGAAGGUAUAUUAUUUGAAGAUUUCUUACCAAUUUUUCAAAAACCACAAUUAUUCAAUGAUUUAAUUAAAGCUUUUAAAUUACACGUUGGUGAACAAAAAAUUGAUUAUGUUGUUGGUUUAGAAAGUAGAGGAUUUUUAUUUGGUCCUACUUUAGCAUUAUCUCUUAAUGCUGGUUUUGUUCCAGUUAGAAAACCUGGAAAAUUACCAGGGCCAACUUUUUCAAUUGAAUUUCAAAAAGAAUAUGGUUCUGAUGUUUUUGAAAUUCAACAAGAUGUUAUUCCAAAAGGUGCUAAAGUUUUAAUUGUUGAUGAUAUUUUAGCUACUGGUGGUUCUGCUUAUGGUGCUGGUGAAUUAGUUAAAAAAUUGCAAGGUGAAAUUGUUGAAUAUUUAUUUGUAAUGGAAUUGGAUUUCUUAAAAGGUAGAGAUAGAUUAAGUGCUCCUGUUUAUACUUUAUUUGGAGGUCAAGAAGAAGAAUUGAAAAACUAA